GAAUCCCGGCGGUGGAGGUUGUCGUGAGGCGCGCCUCGAAGAGAUCGGACGUGCACUCUGCCCAGCAGUGUCGACCACCAAACACUCCACACGCUGAAGAAUGUGCUUGUAGCGAAAACUAUCACCAGUCCAAGAGGGCAACCCAGAGCGAGUGAACGAGUGUACAGAGUGAUUGUAGCCUAGUGGCGUGUACAUAAGUGUGUACAUACAGUGAUCGGUGGUGCUGGUGGAAGCCAGCGUCUGGCCCUUGUUCGUGGAUACCGUGUAUCCUCUGCUGCCGUCCUUCUGCUGAGCGUGGCCGCCGCCUACCUCCACUCCAGCAACCAUGGCCGACACGGGAAGGGCAGAUUCGUACCGGCACGCUACGGACCGAACCAUCCCUGAUGAUAACCGAACUGUGCAAGGGGACCCCAAGUCCAAAAAGAAGAAUGUGAAGGUAAAGAAGAAGGGGGAGAAGGAUAUGGACAACCUGAAGCAGGAGCUGGAGCUAGAUGAACACAAAGUCCCCAUCGAAGAACUCUUUCAGCGCCUCUCCGUCAACCCCGACACAGGUUUGACCAUGGCUGAGGCUCGCCGCAGGACAGAAAGAGAUGGCCCCAACGCCCUCACUCCUCCAAAGCAGACUCCGGAAUGGAUCAAGUUUUGCAAGAACCUGUUCGGAGGCUUCUCCUUGCUACUGUGGAUUGGUGCCAUCCUCUGCUUCAUCGCCUACUCCAUCGAGGCAGUCUCAGAGGAGGAGCCCAACAAUGAUAAUCUGUACUUGGGCAUUGUACUCACUGCUGUCGUGAUCAUCACAGGCAUCUUCUCAUACUACCAAGAGAGCAAAAGUUCGCGUAUCAUGGAGUCCUUCAAAAACCUUGUUCCUCAGUAUGCCAUUGUCAUCCGUGAAGGUGAGAAACAAAACGUCCAGGCUGAGGAACUCUGCUUAGGUGACAUCAUUGACGUCAAGUUUGGUGACCGUAUCCCUGCUGAUGUGCGUGUCAUCGAGGCUCGAGGCUUCAAGGUCGACAACUCUUCCCUCACUGGUGAAUCUGAGCCUCAGAGCCGCUCUUCGGAAUUCACCUCCGAAAACCCUCUCGAGACGAAGAACCUUGCCUUCUUCUCUACCAAUGCUGUUGAGGGUACGGCAAAGGGUAUUGUAAUCAACAUUGGCGACAACACUGUGAUGGGCCGCAUUGCUGGUUUGGCCUCAGGCCUGGAGACUGGAGAGACCCCCAUUGCCAAGGAAAUCAGUCACUUCAUCCACAUCAUUACUGGUGUGGCAGUCUUCCUGGGUGUUACCUUCUUCGUCAUUGCCUUCAUUAUGGGCUACCACUGGCUGGAUGCUGUUGUGUUCCUCAUUGGUAUCAUUGUGGCCAAUGUACCAGAAGGUCUGCUGGCUACUGUGACUGUAUGUCUCACCCUCACUGCCAAGCGUAUGGCUGCCAAGAACUGCCUGGUCAAGAACUUGGAAGCUGUGGAGACCCUUGGUUCAACUUCAACCAUCUGCUCUGACAAGACUGGCACCCUCACCCAGAACCGUAUGACAGUCGCUCAUAUGUGGUUCGACAACACCAUUAUUGAAGCCGACACCUCUGAGGAUCAGUCAGGCUGCCAGUAUGACAAGAGCUCUGAAGGGUGGAAGACCCUCUCCAGGAUCGCUGCUCUAUGCAACCGUGCUGAGUUCAAAACUGGCCAGGAAGAUGUUCCCAUCCUGAAACGAGAGGUGAACGGUGAUGCUUCUGAGGCAGCCCUACUGAAGUGUGUGGAACUGGCUGUUGGAGAUGUCAGAGGCUGGCGUUCCCGCAACAAGAAGGUUUGUGAGAUUCCCUUCAACUCCACCAACAAAUACCAAGUGUCUAUCCACGAGACACAGGACAAGAAUGAUCCUCGCUACCUCCUCGUAAUGAAGGGUGCCCCCGAGAGAAUCCUUGAGCGAUGCUCAACCAUCUUCAUGAAUGGUGAGGAAAAGGCUCUGGAUGAGGAACUGAAGGAAUCUUUCAACAAUGCCUACCUUGAGCUCGGAGGUCUUGGAGAGCGUGUGCUGGGCUUCUGUGACUACAUACUUCCCUCAGACAAGUAUCCCCUGGGUUAUCCCUUCGAUGCUGAUUCUGUCAAUUUCCCCGUACAUGGCCUCAGGUUUGUCGGACUCAUGUCCAUGAUUGAUCCUCCCCGUGCUGCUGUGCCUGAUGCUGUGGCCAAGUGCCGUUCUGCUGGUAUCAAGGUCAUCAUGGUUACUGGUGAUCACCCUAUCACUGCCAAGGCUAUUGCCAAGUCUGUGGGUAUCAUUUCUGAGGGCAACGAGACUGUGGAGGACAUUGCCCAGAGGCUCAACAUUCCCAUCAAGGAAGUUGAUCCUCGUGAAGCCAAGGCUGCUGUGGUUCACGGCUCUGAGCUGAGGGACAUGACUUCUGAGCAGCUUGAUGAUGUUCUCAUCCAUCACACAGAAAUUGUGUUUGCCCGUACCUCUCCACAGCAGAAGCUGAUCAUUGUAGAGGGCUGCCAGCGCAUGGGAGCCAUUGUGGCCGUGACUGGAGAUGGUGUGAAUGACUCCCCAGCUCUCAAGAAGGCUGAUAUUGGCGUGGCCAUGGGUAUUGCGGGUUCCGACGUGUCCAAGCAGGCUGCUGACAUGAUUCUGUUGGACGACAACUUUGCCUCCAUUGUCACCGGGGUGGAAGAGGGCAGGCUUAUUUUUGAUAACCUGAAGAAAUCUAUCGCCUACACCCUCACUUCCAACAUCCCCGAGAUCUCACCUUUCCUGUUCUUCAUGAUUGCCUCCGUGCCUCUUCCUCUGGGAACAGUUACCAUCCUCUGCAUCGAUCUGGGUACUGACAUGGUGCCUGCCAUUUCCCUUGCCUAUGAAGAAGCUGAGUCAGAUAUUAUGAAGCGCCAGCCCCGCAAUCCCUUCACGGACAAGCUCGUGAACGAGAGACUCAUCUCCAUGGCCUACGGUCAGAUCGGCAUGAUCCAGGCCCUGGCCGGCUUCUAUGUAUACUUCGUCAUCAUGGCUGAGAAUGGCUUCCUGCCUCCCAAACUCUUUGGCAUCCGUGAGCAGUGGGACUCCAAGGCCAUCAACGAUCUGGAGGAUCACUAUGGCCAAGAAUGGACCUACCACGACCGCAAGGUCCUUGAGUACACCUGCCACACUGCAUUCUUUGUGGCCAUCGUGGUGGUGCAGUGGGCUGACUUGAUCAUCUGUAAGACCCGCCGUAACUCCAUUCUUCACCAGGGCAUGAAGAACAUGGUGCUUAACUUUGGGCUGUGCUUCGAGACCACACUGGCUGCCUUCCUCUCCUACACCCCAGGCAUGGACAAGGGUCUGAGGAUGUACCCACUCAAGUUCUAUUGGUGGCUGCCGGCUCUGCCCUUCUCAUUACUCAUCUUCGUGUACGACGAGUGUCGCCGGUUCGUGCUGCGCAGGAACCCUGGUGGCUGGGUGGAGAUGGAGACCUAUUAUUAAGGUUUGUAGCGAGCACAAGUUUACAAGAGCUCAAGAGUGUGGCCACCACCAGCAGCCUCCUCCCUCACAGCCAGCACUUGCAUCACCAUCACUCCUCCUUGAUGUCUGAGGAUUGGAACUGUUGUAAUAUACCCCUAAAAAGAAAAGCUAUACAGUUAGGAGCCUGAGAAUCUAGAACAACCAAGUGUUGGUGGCUCAGUAAUGUGCUCUGUCAUAUGAUUCCAUUGUUUAUUUCCUUGUUACUUACUGGGGAUUUUAAUGUCAUUAUGGUUGUUUCUAAUUUCCCCCAUUGUUAUAUAUAAGAUUUACAGUAAGUAACACUGAAAUAUUUGUACAGAAUCCUGGUGAAAGCAUGUAUUAAAGACAAAAAGUGACAUAAAAAAAUGCAGGAAACUUGGACUGAGGCGCCUGAGCCUCGCCUGGCCAGGGUGCAGGUGUGAGAAAGCAGGGAGUUCUGGAGGGCCACUAUAAAAAAUAGAUAUAUAUAUAUAUAUUUAAUAUUAAUAACUAAUACAAAAAUAUAUAUUAUAAAUUAUAGUCUAUAUAUAUUCAUUGACACAGCCCAUACCUUACAAGCAGACCCAGAGAUGCAUGGACUUGGUUGUGCAGCACGUGUAUGCGCAGACACGCACGUGCUUGCACACACACGCACACACACACACACACACACACACGCACACACACACACACAUACGUACACACAUGUAUGUAUGGCUCAAGAAAUAUUAAAAUGAAAAAGCCCGCUGUGGUGUUUAGAUGGAAAACUUUGGUUUCUUACACAAGUAGCCCUGGCAAGUUUGUCUCAUCUGUUAACUUUUGUGUAAAUUUUAGUGCACAUGAGUAGAAGUGUGAUGGCUACGGAAGUGCAGCCAAAAAACAAGUGUAAAAAAUGUGUAGAUAGUGUGUAGACAGCCCCUGAUCUUCAUAAGACGACCUAUAGUUUGCAAGAAAGUUUUCAUAAUCCACCAUUCGGAAUCAACUUGUUACAGCUGUCCUGCUCAAACCUUCUCCCAUGUUCGUUGGUUCAUGUUUUAAUGCUUAGGUUUAUUUUAUGUUCUCCCUCAAUCAGUGGAUAUGUAUUAACAUUUUUACAUAUGUGCAGUAAAAUCUGAAAGAUAAUACAUUUUAACUUAAAAAAUAACUGUGUAAUUUAAUUUGAUCCCUUCUAUAGUAAUGCCUUAUCUUCUCAAAUUGCUUUGGUUUUUAAAUUUAUUAAAACCAUUUUAUUGGGUCGGUAACAUUCCACACUCCAGUACAGCUUUGCACAUGGAAUUUGCUUUUGUUUUAGAAGCCGGUCAUUGGUAGAAGUAGGAUUUUUCAUCUAGCUCUUAGGUUAGCAAAAAUUCAUAGCUCCACUCUUUAUGCUUUGUAUCUUGAGAGCGAAGCCGGUUUAGAAUGAGCGCAUGAUAUAGGACGAAUGCAUGACUACAGUGUAAUGCAAUUACCGAACAUUUUUUCCUUCAUUGUUAACCAAAGAGCAUUCAUCAUACAAAAUUGAGCCUUCUACCUCUGUAGUUCCUGCUCAGCUUCUACCAAGUCAUGUUGAAGCUUAGUUUUUGAUGUAAACCUGUGUAGUUUGUGGCCACACAAAUUAUGAUGAGUGGUUGAAAUACCUGGUUGUCUAAUGCUGACCAUUCAGAAUGAAUCUCGUGGACAACAAUACUGUUAUGUGUUUACCACAAAAACUGUGCUAAAAUCUAGCUGCCAGGUGUAGGACCUUGUUGUUUUAGAUUUUAUUUGAUCCUACUGUAUAUGUCUGGUGAUGGAGUCUUGUGGUGAAGACUCGUGACAAGCAAGGAACCAUUGCCUCUGCGGGACCUGCAGCAACACUGUGGUUCAGUGUGUUAGCCAAAUACAGUGUGAUUUCAUGCUUGUCAUCCUUCCAAGCUUCGUACUAAAGCAACUAGCUGUGGGUCGGCCUUUGUACAUAGGAGAUAAAAGAUAUCAUAAUAAUUAUUGAUAAGAGUAAUAUUAAAUAUCAUGGCAACUAUAUCUUGUUAUAAAGCAGCACUGUCACUUAGACUUUAUUUUCCUGAAGGAGGCAGGGAGGGGGCGCCUGACAUCACGGGGGCAGCAGCGCUCUGCUGCUCCCUCUUGCUUCCCUGCCUCAGUUUCCAUUUUUCGUGAGGAAGAAAUUUUGGAAAAUGAUCACAUUUUAUUUUGGAGAAAGUUAAAACAUUUGGAUCCACUUCAAAUACUGGAUUCAACAAUAAAGUGUUCAGAAAUU